CACACCGGUCAGCUGUGCUAAGAUAAAGAGGGCUGGGCUUCUUUCUUAACCCCCUCAGCUCUCAGAUGUUGAGCUUAAGAAUGACACCUCAGGUCACCGACCAGCCUCGCAGGUUACCGCUGCUCCCCUCUCCGCUCUCCACCAUGAUCCUGUACCUGCUCUUCUCUGCUCUAAUCAUCGGUAUUGUUGAAUCACAAAUAGCCAACAGGACAGAGGAAGAGUUCAGCAAAGUUGAUGUGAACCAAACAUUCAGUGUAUCCACCAAGAAUCACAGUGUGAUUAAAUCAGAAAAUGGGACAUCCAGCUGGGACAAACACAAGCUGAGGACAAUUGAGGAUGAACUGCAAAAUCAAACUGUUAUCACAGAGGAUGAUGAGAGUUUCCAGGACAAGGAAAAGAUGUUUCCCAUGAGGGAGUGCCAUGAGGGAGAACUGAUAAAAUACAUUCACCUAAAUUGUGGGGAAAUUUUUCACCAGGAAAUGCUGACAAUCAGCACAGAAGACUGGUGUGUCCUGGAGAAUAUCAUCAGACCGUACAACGAUAUGACAUUAUGCGUGGAGUGGCUGUCUAUGGUUUUCCACUGCUACUACCCGAGCUACGACAUUCAAGACUUCUUCAUACAAAUCCACUCGUACUACUUCAGCAACUGUUCUAAAGAGGAGCUGUUUCUCGAGGAUGCACCUCACGGGCUGGUGGUCGUCCUCACUCUCAUCCCUGUCAGCCUCAUCCCCGUCCUGGUUUAUCUGGUGGUGUGGAAAAGUAAGUUUCAAGACUGAGCCGGAGCCGCUACAGCAAACCUCAUAAUAAACCUAAACUCACAGUACAUAUCGUAUCUGAGAAUAUCCACCAGAAACCGCUACAUAAAUAGUUGUAUAAAUAAGGACAUAAACUACCAAUCUACUGUAAAUGUAAUUCACUAAAUCUCAAUUAGGAAUGUGUUUCAAUACAGUACACUCAGAAAUUAUAACAAAUUUAUGUAGUUUUGGCUCUGUACUGUCAGUGUUUUUCCUCAUUCUGUGUUCUCAUUUCAAUUUUCUCUUUAAACUAUAUCCAGAAUAUGACUAAACAUAGAAACACAGGACUCUCCAGGCUAAUGUAACGAUCCUAUAUCUUUAUAUUGUGACCACCAGUUUCAAUUAUUUGAACUGUGUUUCUGAUUGAUGUUGCUAUGGAGCAGAAGCGCCAGGCGACACCGUAGCUGCUGAAUUCAACUCAAAGGUGACUCAAAGGGAGAGUCGGCGUAUUUUGAAUGCUAAAAAAAAUUGUAAGCAUUGUUUUAUUUUAUUAGUAUUACAAAGGUUUCAACCUCUAGAACAUGCAAAGUAAACUGAUGACAGAAAUGCUGACUGAGAGAUUUCAUUGAACACUGAGUUACAGAAGCUUGUGGAACAGAGACUAAACAGGAUUUGACGUCAUGACUUCGGCUCUGUAUGUGAUUGUCCAACAUUUUAUUUCAAAACUAUGGGCAUUAAUCUGCAGCUAUAUGUAACAGUGGUUAAAUUCAGGUCUUUGUUCUUUACGGAGCUGAUUUUGUGCAAAGGGGGCAUUAACAUUUAGAAACAAGAAAGACAAAAACACAAACUGUUGCCAUAAAGUUAAAAGCACUCUAUUGUCUAACAUGUCUUUGUACGCUGUAGCAUUAUUUCCUUUCACUGGAACAUCACAGACACAGCUUUUCAAAUCACAGUACACUGGAGAAAAAGAGACUAAACAGGGUGAAAUACGUCAUUGUCCCUGCUGAAUAGAAUAUACUGUAAAUGUACUGUAGACUGACUGGUUGAAUCACCUCAUUAAAAUACUUAUUGAUACUGUAUGAUUAUUGUGAAUUGCUGAUUUUAGUUAAUAAAGU